GAUGUCUCACUUGGAAUAAAUACUCUUGGAGCCAGGCAUGUUUUGAAUUUCUCCAAAAAAUGCAAAAAAUUGAAGAUUAUGGCACAUGUAUCAACCGCUUAUGUAUCUGGUGAACGGGAGGGACUGAUAUUGGAAACCCCUUAUAUGAUGGGAGAGACGCUGAAUGGGACACGUGGACUCGAUAUUGAUGCUGAGAAGAAAUUGAUAGAGGAAACACUAAAACAGCUCAAGGCUGAUAAUUACGAUGAAGAUUCCAUCAAGUCCAUCAUGAAAGACUUGGGAAUUCAAAGAGCAAGGAAGUUUGGAUGGCCAAAUACAUACGUAUUCACGAAAGCAAUGGGAGAAAUGCUGUUGGGAGAGUUGAAAGAAAACAUACCUCUUAUAAUAAUUCGACCCACAAUUGUGACUAGCACUUACAAAGAGCCUUUCCCAGGUUGGGUUGAAGGUAUCAGGACUGUUGACAGCUUAGCUGUAGGAUACGGUAAAGGCAAACUGACUUGUUUUCUUGGCGACCCCACCACCGUUGUUGACGUGAUUCCAGCAGACAUGGUGGUGAACGCGAUAAUCGUGGGUAUGGCAGCUCAUGGCGAGCAAGCCAAUGAGAGCAUGAGCAUCUACCACGUGGGAUCGUCGGUGUCGAACCCCGUCGACUACGCCUCGCUGCAGACCUACGGCCAGCGCUACUUCAGCGCGCACCCGUGGAUCGACAAACAUGGCAACCCUAUCCUUGUCGGAAACAUCACUGUUUUCUACACUAUGGACUCUUUCCAAAGAUACAUGACGCUUCGUUAUUUACUCCCUUUAAAGGGGCUGCAAAUACUAAACACGGCUUGCUGCCAGUAUUUCCAAGGGAAGUACCUGGAGCAAUGCAGAAAGAUCAAGUUCGUGAUGCGCCUCAUCGAACUCUAUGCACCAUACUUGUUCUUCAAAGCAUUUUAUGACGACAUGAACACGGAGAAACUCCGAAGAGGGGCGGAAGAGAGUGGUGUGGAGACGUUCUAUUUCGACCCCAAAAUCAUAAACUGGGAUCAGUAUUUCAUGGACACUCACAUUCCAGGAGUUGUCAAACGCGUCUUCAGAAACAAUUGAUCCAUAAUCUACAAAUUAAAUUAUCGUCAUCAGAUUUAUCAAUUUAUGAUUUGUGUUGAUGUAUCAACUUAGUUUGGUAUUGAUUUGGUAAAUUACUCUUCACAAGCAAAUGAAGAUGCAAAACAUAUAUAGAUAUUGAUUUGGUAAAUUAAUAUAGAUCCAUUUAUCAUUUCCAA